UGUAUGAAGCAAUCUUGGCUGAAUGCGAUGGCUCCCAGUGCAGGGAGGGCUUGGCUCAGCGCUGCUGCGGAAUGGAAGACCGCAGACCCUCUCCCCGUCUCGGCUCAAAGCGGCAUGGUUUGAGAGUCUUACCCGGCUCUCUCCAGCUAAACAGUAUGCAGGACCUUAAAUGCAGAGAGAAGGAUUUAGAAGAACGACUGUGCAACGGUGAACAGAUUCAUCCCCAGGCACCCAAUCCAUUAUCCUGUCAACAACAGCAGGUCCCUGCCACAGUUAGCAGCAACACUGGCCGUAAUGAAAUCAUCAGUAAUCCCAAAACUCAUCUCAUCAUACCCAAGGUGACCGUGCUUAAUGCUUAUCUUUUCUCAGACUGUAUAUGAGACCAAGACAAAUCAGUUAAACAACAGGAUGUGGACAUCAAUGUGCUCUAGUGCCUUACCUGUGGUUUACCUGUACAUUUCCCUGCAGAGUUCCGUGGCAGAGCAGAGCGAGACACGCGGGACUGGUGUGGAGACAUCUGAAAGAGUUCGGUGUCAUUGACGUGACCAGAGUUUUAGCUCUCUGAACUUUUGUCUGACUACCGACUACUUUAUUUUGUGAGUCUCUUUAAAUUUCAGCCUUGUUUUUCGAGUGCUUUUAAGGCACCACUUUUAAGUAGUUUGAAUGUAUAACAUGAUGGAAACCGAGAUUAAAAGCCCCCUUCCGCAGUCCAACACGGGCUCGGCGGCGGGCGGCAAAAACAACAGUGCCAACGACCAGGACCGGGUGAAGCGGCCUAUGAACGCUUUCAUGGUGUGGUCUCGUGGUCAGCGGAGGAAGAUGGCACAAGAGAAUCCUAAAAUGCACAACUCUGAGAUCAGCAAGCGCCUCGGUGCUGACUGGAAACUUUUGACUGACGCCGAGAAGAGACCCUUCAUUGACGAGGCCAAGCGGUUACGAGCCAUGCACAUGAAGGAGCACCCGGAUUACAAAUACCGUCCCCGCAGGAAGACCAAGACCCUGCUGAAGAAAGACAAGUAUUCCUUGCCCGGAGGACUCUUGGCGCCCGGUGCCAACUCUGUCAACAAUGCCGUCUCGGUGGGCCAGCGGAUGGACUACACGCACAUGAACGGCUGGACGAACAGCGCGUACUCCCUCAUGCAGGACCAGCUGGCCUACUCUCAGCAUCCCAGCAUGAACAGCCCCCAGAUUCAGCAAAUGCACCGGUACGACAUGGCGGGACUUCAGUACCCGAUGAUGUCCACGGCCCAGACCUACAUGAACGCGGCGUCUACGUACAGCAUGUCACCAGCAUACACGCAGCAAACUUCCAGUGCAAUGGGUCUGGGCUCCAUGGCUUCAGUGUGCAAGACGGAACCCAGCUCUCCUCCUCCGGCCAUAACCUCUCACUCUCAGCGUGCUUGUUUGGGAGACCUGAGGGAUAUGAUAAGCAUGUACCUGCCGCCCGGAGGAGACAGCGCCGACCACUCCAGUCUACAGACCAGUCGGUUACACAGCGUUCAUCCGCACUAUCAAAGCGCAGGGACUGGCGUGAACGGAACGCUACCCCUAACCCACAUUUGAAAGACUCCUAAAAAAAAAGACUAAGUACUUCGGAUACUUGAACAUUUUGAUUUGCAAAAAGAAUCGAAGUUCAAUUUCGUUUUUAAAAAAGAAACUAUUUUUAAUCUCAAUGAGUUGUCCGUUUUAAAGCAUUUUAUGACGACAUAUCGGGGACUUCAGAAUAAAUUGCAUUGCAGAGGAGCUUUUAUCAUAAGCUGUAAAGCAAUCAAAGUCUGUAGAAGAAUAUUGGACUUCUGACUUAUUUGCCGUCAGAGUUUGGCACGUGGCUUCGUGAAGAGGCUGUAUUUCAAAAAAAAAGAAAAAAAAAAAAGGAAAGAACAAAUGGAGGGAGAGAGUAUGUUCACUCAUAAAUGUUUACACUUAUUUUUAGAAUGUCGAUUUUGUCCAAAUCUGUGUAGUCUUUUUGUUGUUCAUUUGAACUAGGUUUAUUGAAAUGAAAGACUGUGCUGGUCGCAAGCGCAAAGUUUGUUUUAUUUAUAGUGAGUUGUUUUUUUUAAAGCUUGUGAACCACUGUACGUCUUGUUGCUGAAAUGUUCCACUUUUGUUUUGUGAAUCUUCCUUUCUGUGAUGUUAUGGCAGUAUCAGGUUAAUCCAUAUGUGGGACGGAGAGUUUUAUUUAAACUGACGUUUCUACUGAAGACCAUCCUAUUCCUAAAUGAAUAAAUUUGUUUUACAAAAAAAAAAAAAGGUUUAUGACUAGAUAUCAGUUAUUUUUUUUUUUUUUACUUCAGUCUUAUAAUUUGGUUGUUUGAAUCGUAUGUCUACCGUUAAACCAGUGACAGAUUUUGUCAAAUUCGUUUAAACCCAAAUGUGGUAAUCUGAGGCGAUCAGUUAAAUGAAGAGUAAAUAUGCGAAUUCAGACACGCUCGCUGCCAAGCAGAUGUCAACACGCGUGGAUUGGUUUAAACAUUCUCGUCAAACAGCAAAUAUACUAUUUUUAUGCCUUUCGAAUCCUAAGAAAUUCAAUUGGUCUGGAAAUGACUCCUAUAAAUAUCAUUCUAUAAAUUAAAACUAGGCUAAUUCAUGCUUAUUCCCCCCCCCCCCAAAAAAGUAUCAACUGGUGUAUAUUAUAGCCUUAGUCCUGACUACUAACCAUAAAAUUAAACUUAUAUUCGUUGUAUUCAUAAGACACACUUUAUUGAUGAGGCAUUUCUCCUUUGCAAGAAUACACUACACACGGAAAUAAAAUUAUAAAACGCUUAAAAGGGACAAACGUAUUUUUUACCUCACGUGAACCGUCAUGCAAAUAUUUUUCAAAGUGUGUAAUUCCCUCCUGCAUUUUCACUUGUUGAGUCGUCUAGGUACACACAGUUCCUCAAAAUUACUUAUAUAAUUAUGGGUAACUAUAAAUAUCCUUAAUCCCUUGAAUUUGUCAAAACCAGACGAUGAAACAGCCGAUAAAUUCAGAUAAUUAUGUUCAUAAUAAGAGAUUAAUGCAGGGAUAAUUUCUUUGCUAUUUCACUUUAUGAGUUACCAAGUGUGACCGAAUUUUUGGGGGUCAGACAGAGGUUAAUUAUUUAAGUAUCUUAUUUUGUGAUUUGAACAUCACAUCAUAUUGUCUUUUGGUCUGUUUGUCAAAGGACCGUUUUUACCAUAUCUUUCUUGCUAUAGUUAGCCAAGGAGAGGAGGAACAUACAAGGCCGUUUCGGACUGCCUUUUGUAAUUUAGGGUGUAAUUUCCACUACUGAGUCCUCAAUAAAUAAUAUGUAUAGUAUCCUAUAUGUACUGUGUAACAUGCACUCUUAAAAAUAAAGAUUCUUCAAUGGCUCUUUACUAUA